AUGGACUUCUCCAACAUCUUCCGCCUCGUCAACAUCGCGAUCGGUGUGGUUAUGGUGCUUGGCGGUAUUAGCCAGUUCUUCCCUGCCUCCAUGAGCUCUAUCAUUGUCGGCAUAUACUUCAUGCCCAACGUUCCCGACUACGCCUACCGCUACGCCUCGUUCCUGUUCUCUUUCCUCGGCCGCGGUGUCUUCUACAUUUUCGUCGGCUGCAUCAUCCUCCACGGACACGUUCUGCGGGAGAUUGCUGCCUCUAUCAUUGGCAUCACCGGUAUCGCCUAUCUUGUCCUCGAGUUCAUUCCCUCUAUCGAGCCUCCCUCCAACAUGCGCGAGUCGGACCAGGGUUGGGGCGCCGAGCAGGUCUAA